CCUCAGCUGGUCGUCGGAGCGGACUGAUUCACCGCAUCGCUUCGGUUGGCAUUUUUUUUUACUGAAUAGCCUUGAUAGCACACUUGUCAGUCGUGCUCACGGACAUAUUUCGAUACGGCUAGAAUUUAUCUUUAACGGCUACCCUUUCGUCUUAACCCUUUCAUGCAUAGAGCAACCUAAACCGGCGACGUGUGAGAGAGACGUGAAGGCAGUUCCAGGAAUCGUCUUUAGGAAUCGGAAGAGAAUCUAUUUGUCUCCGACGGAUGGACUUGAAUGAGAGGCAGACACAGAGACGGACUCUGACAGCGUAAACCGUGGACAUUUUCGUACAGCUCCCCGGCGAAACGGUGGGGUAUCGAAGGCAAGACGAACAGUCUUGAAAAUAAACAUAUCAUCCUGCUUAUUGAGCAGCAACAAUGCCGGGGUUUGAUUACAAGUUUCUGGAGAAACCCAAGAGACGGUUUCAAUGUCCACUGUGCAGCAAGGCGAUGCGAGAACCCGUUCAGGUUUCAACGUGUGGACACCGAUUUUGUGACACCUGUCUACAAGAAUUUUUAAGUGAGGGCGUCUUCAAGUGCCCGGAGGACCAACUGCCCCUUGACUAUGCCAAGAUCUACCCUGACCCCGAGCUGGAACAGCAGAUCCUGGCUCUAGCCAUCCGCUGCAUCCACAGUGAGGAGGGCUGCCGCUGGAGUGGACCCAUGAAACAGCUGCAGGGUCACUUCUCCACUUGCGCCUUUAACGUGAUCCCCUGCCCCAACCGCUGCGCCAUCAAGCUGACGCGCCGCGACCUGCCUGAGCACCUGCAGCACGACUGCCCCAAGCGCAAGGUCAAGUGCGAGUUCUGCGGCAGCGAGUUCACUGGCGAGGCCUACGAGAACCACCAGGGCAUCUGCCCCCAGGAGAGCGUGUACUGCGAGAACAAGUGUGGCGCCCGUAUGAUGCGCCGGCUGCUGCCCCAGCACAGCAUGGCCGAGUGCCCCAAGCGCACGCAGCCCUGCAAGUACUGCGGCAAGGAGUUCGUCUUCGACACCAUCCAGAACCACCAGUAUCACUGCCCCCGUUUCCCGGUGCAGUGCCCCAACCAGUGUGGCACGCCCAACAUCGCCCGCGAGGACCUGGCCAACCACGUGAAGGAAAGCUGUGGCAGUGCCCUCGUCCUCUGCCCCUUUAAGGACGCCGGCUGCAAGCACAGGUGUCCCAAGAUGGCGGUCGGGCGUCACCUGGAGGAGACCACCAAGUCGCACCUGACCAUGAUGUGCAGCCUGGUGGCGCGCCAGCGGCAGGAGCUGAUCGAGCUGCGGCGCGAGGUGGAAGAGCUCUCCGUCAGCCACGACGGCGUGCUCAUCUGGAAGCUGUGCGACUACUCGCGCAAGCUCCAGGAGGCCAAGCUGCGCAACAACCACGAGUUCUUCAGCCCGGCCUUCUACACGCACCGCUACGGCUACAAGCUCCAGGUGUCGGCCUUCCUCAACGGCAACGGCAGCGGCGAGGGCACGCACCUGUCCAUCUACAUCCGCGUGCUGCCCGGCGAGUACGACAACCUGCUGGAGUGGCCCUUCUCCUACAAGGUGACCUUCUCCAUCCUGGACCAGAGCGACCCGUCGCUCUCCAAGCCGCAGCACAUCACAGAGACCUUCAACCCCGACCCCAACUGGAAGAACUUCCAGAAGCCGAGCGCGGCGGCGGGGGGCGGAGGAGGAGGCGGCGGCAGCCGCGACUCCAUGGACGAGAGCAUGCUGGGCUUCGGCUACCCCAAGUUCAUCUCCCACGAAGAGAUCAAGAAGCGCAACUACAUCCGCGACAACGCCAUCUUCCUCAAAGCCUCCAUAGAGAUCCCACAGAAGAUCAUGACCUGAGCUGUUACGUGUUUAAAGAAAAAGAAGAACCGAGACGAUUUGUUGUCAUGUGAAGUCACAAAAGAGUCAUAUGGAUGAGACUGUUUGUUUUGUUUUCUUUGUGAUUUUUAUUUUUCCGUUGGUGAAGACUGGAGUAGAUGUGCUUAAACGCAUAUUCUGUUUUAUAGACAUUACCUUUUCCCAUUCAGAGGCACUCCUAAUGGACCCGGAGGUUGUCUGUGUUGGUUACGUCUGACCAGAUGGAGAAGCUGGUGAUUUUUUCUAAAAAAAAAAUGUAGGAGAUUCGCAGUGGUUGGUCUGCAGAACCAUCACUCUGAAACAUUUUUGUUUUAAAAUCGUUAUCCUUCCUUGGAUUGCUUUUUGACACUUUGUUUUUUCAAUCUGCAUCAAAGCCUUGGGGGAAAAAAUCAAUAGUGCCUAGAGAGAGUUGUUUUGGAAAUUCUGUGUUGUUUUUAUUGUCUCUGUGAUGCAGAUAUAAAUAUAGAACAAACAAACGAAAAAAACAAACAAACAAAAGGCGAAGUGUGGCAAGGAAAGCAGUACGGUCUUUGCACUUAAACGGAAUGUUUGUUUAACGCAUCUCAUCGAAGCUUGGAGGUCGGACUGAGACGGUCCUGAAGCUUGUGAAGAAAAAGGCUCGAAGAUGUUAGGAAUUCAACAGGGACACUCGAAACACACUUGCCUUUUUUAUUUACACACUCCUCUCUCACCCUUGUGCUCAGUGCCGCAGUUCACGACCUUGUGUUUUCUUUUCCCCCUGUUCGAACAUUUUAAGUGAACUAACAGCAACUGUGAGGUAAACAACUUUUUCUUUGUCUAUCCGUGUCCCAUCACUCUAGUAAGAUGAUACUGGAUGGAAAGUUCUAGAAAGCCAAACUAACUCCACCCUGUUGUCUUUGUCUAACGACAGAUUGAACUCCUCGUAGACUUUAGAACCAUUUAACUACUAUUCUUUUUCGAGCCACCAUUGCAUUUUGAAAUCUGUAGCACUUGAUCAGGAUCCAGGCACACAGCUGCUUAUAGUUUUGAUUAGACACACCACCAGUUGAUUCCAUGUUUGAGGCAGUAGGAGUUACAGUUGAAAGCUGUUCAUGUGGGCCUUAGUUGAAAAGAAGAAAAGAAGCCUCCACUGGCUGAUUGGAAGGUUCCUGGACCACGAAGGUGCUAAAUAUAGUCAAUGUGGGGAAAUCGGAAUUCACACACAACACACACACACACACACACACACACACACACACACAUACACACACAGAGACACACACACACACACACACACACACACACACACAAUCAUACUCAUUGUCCUGUGUAAAGCAGGACCUACACACGUGAAUGAGUGCGGAGAUAAAACGCAGCCAUGGAGAGUUUGUUUACAUAUCGGGAGAGUUCCAUAGUGUCACUCUUGGCCUGUGUUUGACUAGCCAACCCAUGUCGUCCUUGACUGUCGACCAUAAACGUUUCAUACUGUUACGUGCACUUGGAACUCUUAAAACCUCCUUCCAACAGUUGGAAGCAGUGGUGGUGUUGAUGAGGGCUUCUUUUCUUUCUUUCUUCCUAUCUUUUAUUUCUUUCUUUCAUUUUUUUCUUUGUCUCCGGAGUGGACAACCUGUCAACCAAUGGAACCAAAUUGUUUUGUUUUUUCACAUGUAAAACUGUGAGCAGUGAAUUUGAGCUUUAUUUCAAGUUCAACGUGUUUGUCGAUUCUGUUUUGUUUUUGUUUGUGUGUUCUCUUUAAUCUGGCUGGUGCUUGCUGGCACUCUGAAAAGGUGGCCCUCCACUCCAUGGGAUUGGUGGGACUUGACACAGUGAGGUGCUGGUAACCAUGGUCACCACUAAAGCAGAGGACUCUUAGGAAAAGGAGUGGGGGGGUGGGGUUGAGGCCUGAUGAAAGAUGAUUGUCUGUGUCACCCAAUCAGAUUGCAGAUGGACUGGUGGCAGAGUUUUGUUUAUAAAUGUUAUAAAUAAAUAUAUAAUAUAUGUGAAUACUAACAGUUUUGGGGCAAGGGGAGGGGUGGUGUUUUAGAGGAGGAGAGAGAAAGCAGAAGCACAUGAGGUGUUUUUCUUUUUUUACUUGACAAGGAAAAGUCUGGGGAUUUGAUCAUGCAAUGAUACCAGCCAAUAUUUUACAACAAUUUUAUGACAAACUGAGAUUUCAUUUUAUGUUUUUUUUUCUUUUGUCUUUCUUUUUGUAAGAUACUGUAUUUUGCAAACGUUUUAUACAACAUGUCUUCGAAGUGUGGAGUUCUGAAGAAGGUGGACGGGAGGUUGUGGUGCUUAGGAACUUCAACAGCCUCCCGUACGAGUUGUCAUCUCUCAUUGCUGAUGAUUGGGCUUGAUUUUCAUGUCCCUCCCCCCCUUUACUUUAUUUGGUCUGCUUUCUUGGAUUUCAAAUACUCAGAUGUUUCUGUCUGCAUUAUUUCCUCUUAAAAAGUAUUUAUUUUAAGGAGCCAUCGCCUAAGCUUGAUUUGAAGCGAUUGGCCCUCAGAAGAAAAGAGCAGAAAAAAAGAAAAAAGUGUUUUUAAAAAAUGUCAACUCAUGGUUGCUUGUAAAAUUACCCUUAAAAUAAUAAAAUACCGUCAAUAUAA